UUUUGCUGCAUGGUGACACAUGCUGUUAACAUUGCAAAUAUUUAAUGUCGAGUUUAAAGGCACUUAAAUAUUAUCAAACGUAAACCUAUUGUAUUGCUACUGUGAAUCCGUCCGAUUCACCAAUCAUUUUGUGAUUGGUUCAGUGAACACCGGCCCUUCCCCCUGCACUAGGGGGCGUGGAGUUAAAAGUCAGACCUGUCAAAUAUGCACUUUGUCUGUAAGCAGCUGGUUGGUCAAGUUCCAUAACUGCCAUUGUAAACUACGGGUGUAUUUUUACGCAUUGUUUCCGCAGUUAUUAGAAUGGCCUUCAAAAAAGUGGGUACUACACUUGGCCGUGCAUGGCAAAACGAUUGCAGGACACCACCUCUUUCAAGAUCUUCAAAAAUGAAUAACUUUUCAACAAGCAGGGAAUUGAAAAGUCGAGAGAAAAAAAGUAAAGAUCAAAGCUGUGAAUCAAAUUGCAGGUUGGCUGCGAUGCCUUUACCUGCCGCUUCCUCCUCUACACCUGCCUCUCAAAGACAUCAGGUUGGGGACAAAAAACGUCCCGAGGAGCCGCUGACUGUGUCCGGGCAAUUGUACUCAUCCGCACCAAAAGCAGAUAACAGGACAUACCUAUGGGCACGUUAUAAUGAAAUGAAACGACUUGUGCACGACCUCAUCCCACCAGGUGUGUGUAACCUGCUCAACUCAUCCACUAUCUACUCCAACAACGAGGUCAGCCUGGCCGAGGUGGAUAUCUAUGGGUUUGACUAUGACUACACCCUGGCACUCUACUCCAAUGCCCUCAACACUAUGAUCUACAACACUGCCAGAGAUUUCCUCAUUGAGAACUUCAAGUACCCUGAAGGCAUCCGCAAAUAUGACUACAUUCCCAACUUUGCCGCACGGGGUCUUCACUAUGAUAUUCAGAAGGGCCUUUUGAUGAAAAUAGAUGCUUUCCAUUACAUUCAGCUGGGGACUGUGUAUCGGGGACUGAACCCGGUUCCAGAUGAGGAGGUCCUGAGGCUAUAUGGGGGCACCCACCAUGUCCCCUUGCACCAGGUCAGCGGCUUCUAUGGAAAGGGACCCAAAGUAAAGCAGUUUAUGGACAUCUUCUCCAUCCCAGAGAUGACCCUCCUGGCUCUGGCCAAUGAUUUCUUCAUUUCCAAUGACAUUGAGUAUGACCCGGAGCACCUUUACAAAGAUGUCUCGGAAGCCAUUGGAAUGGUCCACAUCAAAGGCUACAUGUACAAAUGGGUCAUGCAAGAUCUAGAGAAAUACAUUAUUGGAGGGGAAGAGACGUAUGCUGUCCUACAUCGCCUGGUCAGCCAUGGGAAGAAACUCUUCCUCAUCACGAACAGCCCCUUCAGCUUUGUGGAUAAAGGCAUGAGGUACAUGGUGGGGAAGGACUGGAGGGACUUCUUUGACGUGGUCAUUGUUCAGGCGGACAAACCGCACUUUUUCAACGAUUGUGUUAAACCGUUUAGACGCUUAGAUGGAAACGGUGACCUUCAGUGGGAUAAGAUAAACAGUUUGGAAAAAGGACAGAUCUACAAACAAGGGAACCUCUAUGACUUCCUGAGGCUGACAGGCUGGAGAGGUUCCAGGGUUCUCUACUUCGGGGACCAUCUGUACAGUGACUUGGCUGACCUGAUGCUGCGUCACGGGUGGCGAACAGGAGCCAUAGUGCCUGAACUGGACCUGGAGACCAGGGUGGUGAACACGGAGCAGUAUGCCCAGAGCCUUACCUGGCUCCAGGCCCUCACUGGCCUGCUGGAACGGAUGCAGAUGCAUCGAGAUUCACAGUCCAUGGAGGUUUUGCAGGAGUGGCUAAAGGAGAGGGAAGAGCUCCGACUUCGAACAAAGAACCUGUUCAAUCCCCAGUUUGGCAGCAUCUUCCGCACCUGUCACAACCCCACCUACUUCUCCCGUCGCCUCUGUCGCUUCUCUGACGUUUACAUGGCGUCCAUCAGCUGUCUGCUGAACUAUGACCUCUCCUACACCUUCUACCCCCGUCGCACUCCACUGCAGCACGAGGCACCCCUGUGGAUGGACCAGCUUUGCACCGGCUGCAUGAAGACUCCCUUUCUGGAGGAGAUGGCCCACAUCCGUUGAGCCCAACCAUGGGUUCUCCUUUCAACGUUCUCAGCACCGGGUUAUCAACAUCGGUGUAAACAGAACUGACCACUAGAGGGCACUGUAGAUCAGUAUUAUACAGAGAGUAACCUUAGGUCAUUGCUCCACUGUAAGUAAAAACUGAGUAGUCAGGUCCUGUGUUGGAGUUCCUCUGGCAUGUGAUCUAAGUUAACUAGUCCUGAAGGGUUAUCCCCCCCCCCCCCUUUAGAAGCCUUUAACCUAAGCACCCUUCAUUGUACAUGUCAGAGCUAUUUAUUGACUGUUUUAAACAGCUGGUUGCAUUUAAUGCCCUUGAAGACUGAUGCUGCAUGUAUACAUGGACACUGUCUGUUAAUGAAGACAUAGCUAGUGAUAUAUGUUGUUUACUGUCUAUGUUACAAAUACUGUAGUUGCUUUUAGGUGUCAAACUAAUUUUAGGAGCAGUGUGUGUCUGUGGGUUUUCAGUUCUACCUUGAUUGAUUCAUUAAGGUCACUAGUCAGGACCUCCUUUCACCUGGUUGUUUAGGUCUAAGUUGGACACUGAUUAAAUGGAAAAACUCAAUCCAGCAGACGCUAAGCCUUCUUUGGAAUGAGUUUUGACGCAACUGUUUUUAUAUGUUUGGUGCCUGUAAGCAUUCAGUAGAAUAUUACCAAAUGUUAAUAUAUUGUCAUUAAUGUAACUUGUUUUAUUUGUGAUUAUGGAUUGUUGAAUGUUAAAGUUUUAUGUAAUGAAAUUGUCAAUUUAAAGAACAGACUAUGCAAAUUAUAAA